CAGACACAGAUCAACAGUAUAGCAGCCGUCUGUGGAAUAAGAUAUCGAUAGGGAUUUUGAAUAUAUUGAUAACACCGUUUGGGACAGCUUAUAGCAGAAAAGGUAAAAUGGCAAGUCCAAGGACAAGGCAAUUUUUUAAGGAGGUUCGGAUGCAAGAUGAGAACAGUCUGUGUUUCGAGUGUGGCGGGUUUAACCCCCAGUGGGUGAGUGUUACGUACGGAAUCUGGAUUUGUCUGGAGUGCUCGGGGAAGCACAGGGGUCUGGGCGUGCAUCUCAGUUUAUCCUGCUCAUCAUCUUUUUCAUCUAUAGCCGUGUGUUGCUACUGCAACGUUGUUACUUUAGCUGAGGGGAAAGAGUGGUCUGCAGAGACUUCCUCGGCUAACACCUGGGUGCCACUUCAAGCCAGGCCAGCCCUGCCGUCAGCUCACCGCAGUUCCGCAGGUCCACCCCAGAACUCUGCCUCUUCCUCGGAUAAAGCCUUCGAAGACUGGUUGAGCGACGACAUCAACUCCUACCAGAGUGGCAGGGGACACAGCGGUGGUGAGGAGAAUCGCUAUGUUGGUUUUGGAAACACUGUCACUCCACAGAAGAAGGAAGAUGACUUUUUUAAUAAUGCCAUGUCAUCUAUAUACUCGGGUUGGAGCAGUUUUGCAGUCGGUGCAAGCAAAUUUGCAACAGCUGCAAAAGAAAAUACCACAAAACUUGCAAGUCAGGCGACUCAAAAGUUUGGGGGCUAUAGGCCACCUCUGGAGACGGCGACAGAGUUAGGUCAGACAAUUAAUGAAAAUGUUAUCAAACCUACACAUGAAAAGGUAAGAGAGGGCAAGAUAUUAGAUGAUGUUACGAGUGGUGUCAGCCAGCUGGCUAACAAGGUCCAGGACGUUGGCACUAAAGGCUGGAAGGAUAUGACCAAUUUCUUCUCAGGCAAACCAGAGGACUCCUAUGAUGGGCAUGGUUUGGGAGACAACUAUCAGAACUCCGGUGAUAUUUACCAGAACAACACCGCAGCUGCGGACCCGGAUUUCUGGGACGGCUUCGCCUCCAAGACCUGCGCAGACAUCAGCUCUGCAGCGGAGAAGAAGAGCUCUGACAGCGGGGACAACGGGGGCUCGGAGACCGUGUCUAACAACAAGCACAGCACCGGAGAGAGCUGGGAGGUCUGGGAUAACAACUGGGAGAGUGCCGGGAAUGGCAAGAGCAACAAAUCCCCCAAGAAGAGCAGCAAACCCGCUGCAGGCGACGGCUGGGACAACCCCACCUGGUAGCUUGCUCUCCCCAUCUCAUCAUCCAGAUAUUACGUGGUGUUAUCAAAGAGGACAGUUGCAUAACCUCGCUUCUGUACUGUGUUUUGGCAAGUGCAUUUAUUUAUAAAUUGUGAGGAGUUAUUUUAUUUUUUUUUUUAGCUUUAAUAAUGGUUAUCAGUCAUUUGUCUUCCGUUCCCCCCUCCCUUAAUUAUUUAAAAAUGAUCUUUUUACGUUUCCAUUCUUCCUAUCAAGUUCAGUGACUUUUGUAUGUUUUACUUUAUUCUAUAGUAGGAUACAAAAUCAAAUAGUGUCAGUGCAUUCUUAGGUGAAACUAAGCUAGUAGACAAACUAAUUCUUUCACUGAUGAAGGCAGUGGCUGAAAUGUUGCCAUCUUAGUAUUAGCUAAGAAUCUACGAUGGCGUGUUUGAAGGUAUGGAUAAACUAUACGCAUCCUCUGGUCAGACAUGAAUAAUACUUUAGUGAUAAUGAAAAAAAAAAGGGAAACACCAGACUAAUAUUACAAAUAAACAACUCCAUAGGUUCUUAAUGCACCUUAGUGUUUAUUGGCUAGUUCUGUAACAUAAGCCAAAUUGUGAAUAUGCACACUUGUAUGUUAUUUCCAUUACAGCUGUCUGCAAUGGAAACUUGUAGCUUUUUUUUUUUUUUUUUUUAACUUCCUGUUUAGAGGAACCCAUUCCAUUCUUUUGUUCAUAGUGUUUCCCCUUCACAGUGCUAUAGACAGGAGCCAUAGCAAGGACCAUGCUAUUUGUGUUCUUCCUUAUAAAGAGAAUGGAAGGGCAAGUGGAAUAGAAAUAUGGGGAGCCACGAUCAUGCUGCUUGAUAAAGGGGGGCAAAUGGGAGCCACGAUCAUGCUGCUUGAUAAAGGGGGGCAAAUGGGAGCCACGAUCAUGCUGCUUGAUAAAGGGGGGCAAAUGGGAGCCACGAUCAUGCUGCUUGAUAAAGGGGGAGCACAGUAUUUUGAAAUCUAAUUUUCCUACUUUUGGUUAGCUGCAGUUGAACACUUCUGAAGUUACAAAACGAAGCAGUCCUCUUCUCUGUGUGUGUGUCUGCAUGUCUGUAGUCCCCUGUUUGCACUGGGGAAUCUAAUACCUGGGGACCAGCAUUAGAGGAUGGCACACUUUAGAGUUGUGUCUUCAGAGAGGGUUCAAAGUGAAGAUGUUGAACUGAUUUCAGUGGAACAGGUGUUGAGGCUCGUCCAGUGUAGGGAGAGUUGAUUUUAAGCCCUCAGUUAACCCGUGAAGUUAUUCAAUAGAAACAGUGCAGACCAGGGACGUUCUGUAAUUCAAACGUGAAAACAAGCUUUUAAAAGGUUGUUUUUAAGUGAAUGUGGUAGGCUACAGAAAAUUAGAUAUUUUUAAAACUGAAAUCAAAGCUUUGGUUUAGCAAUGGGUAUGUUAAUAUAAAAGAAAGCAGGAGUUAUUGUCAGUAUGCCGAAAAGCUGUUGUGUAUUAGUUUAUUGUAGUUUUUCUGGAGUCGUAUAAUCAAUUUUCAGCACAUAGGAUUCCUCCUUUUUUAUUCAUUGCAGAAUCAAGUAAGUCAUAAACAGUGAAGCACAUUCGUAACAUGUCUCAGGUUUUUUCGUUCAAUAGCAGUGAAUGCGUAUGCUUUAGUUUCAUCUCAGUGUAGUUAAAGAUUAUCUGAGUGUUACAGGACAACUAGAUUUAAUUUAAUUAUGUGUAAAUCAAUUCUUGUGUGCCUGUGUAGUACUUGAUAUUUCUGAAAGGUGUAUUGGUUUUAAAAUACAGUUGUAGCCAAAAGUUUACAUACCCCAAUGAUAAUGUAUAAUUUCUAGAAAUUUCUCA